AUCUCUUUGUCUAUAUCAGUCUCACUUCCAUUUACUUGCACCAUUUCUAUCAUUGCGACUCCUCAACAUGCGUUUUCGUACAGAGCUGAAAAACAUUCGCACAUUUGCAAAGCUUACAGCUGCACUUGGCUCUCUUGAGAAGAUUGCCUGGUUGCGCUUGAGCGAUGAUACUGCACGAUUCACCGUCAUCCCAGACAUGGGAUCUCAAGUAUGGGCGUAUGUUUUCUUCCUUCUGACCUAGGUCCCUUGCCAUGGACUUCAUCUUUGAUGGCUAUCACAUUCAGUCCGCCGAGGCAGGCAACACUAUAAACUUGGAGCUCCCUCUUCAACCCCUCCAACGCGCCCUCAAGUCUGCGCUCAACAGUAUCUCUGCUUCCCUGCGUCUCACAAAGAAAGACGGUCUGCCGGUUCUUUCGAUGACCAUCACAACGACUACGUCAGCUACCAACCCACCUGGGGCCGCGAAACCUUCAGGGACAGCCGCUGGGGAUGACCCAUUCGAUGACGAUGAAAUGUUUCAGGCGGAGCAUCUCGAGACUUCAUUGAGGCGAGAGCAUGAGAAGAUCAUUACGCAGGACAUACCCGUGCGUGUCCUCCACCCCGAAACAGUUGAGACUAUCAUGCAGCCUCGAGUACGAGAACCAGAUGUCCACAUUCAACUACCCCCUCUUCUUCAGCUCAAGGCCAUCUCAGACCGCUUCACCAAGCUUGCUAUGACCUCUAAUUCUGGCUCUUCCGCUAAUACGAAAUCACCGAAACUUGAGCUUAGCGCCAACAUGCACGGUGGUCUACGGCUACGGAUCGCAACCGAGACUACAGAUAUCUGUAGUGUGUGGUCUAAUCUUGAGAACCCAGAGCUUGAUCCCGCGCAGCUCGAUUGCCCAGUGGAGGAGCAUCCAAGCACCAAGUUUCGAGAAGGCGGUCCCAAUCAUUGGGCGACUGUGCGUGUCGAUGGCAAGGACUGGAGCCGUGUCCUUAGUGUUGGUCGCUUGGAAGGCAGGGUCAUUGCCUGUUUUGCUGACGACCAUGCAUUGAUUCUCUACGUCUAUGUGCCCCAAUACGAUGAUGCUGCAGCGGAUGACUCUGUCGUGACAUACUAUGUACAGUCAUAUAGUAUGUGAAAUACAUCAAGAUGAAUAGUGACCUUUCAUGUUACAGGAGUUGGACCUGGGUAGCGAUUUCUAAGAUUUUGGCAUCAAGUUGGACGUUGAGUCAAAAGCAUAUAUCUGUCAAAGCACACAGUUACUCAAAAAAAAAAAAAAAAAAA